AUGAUUUCGUUAGCGGAGCUCAAGAAGCUAACGAUUGUGCAUUUAGGCAUAGCCGUCACCUUCUUCAUAUCUGGUUUGGUGAUCAAUUUGGUGCAGCUGAUAUUGCAUCUGACGUUGAAACCCUUCAAUAUUGUACUUUUCAGACACAUUAUGUAUUAUCUCUGUUAUUCAAUGUACUCGCAACUGAUUUUCGUCGCUGAAUGGUACUCAAAUAGCACUUUGCAUUUAUAUAUGGAUCCCGCAGACUUGGAGAAAUUUGCUGGCAAGGAGCAUGUAAUGAUUAUACAAAAUCACUCAUAUGAAAUUGAUUGGCUAUGUGGUUGGAUGUUUGCUGACAAAGUCCAAUGUUUGGGCAAUUGCAAAGCUUACGCAAAGAAAGCCAUAUCGUAUGUGCCAGUAAUGGGUUGGGCUUGGAAGUUUGCUGAAUUUGUAUUUUUGGAACGUUCAUUUGACAAGGAUAGUGAAAUUAUUGCACGUCAAUUGAAAGAGGUUUUUGCCUAUCCGGACCCUACAUGGUUGUUACUGAACGCUGAGGGCACACGCUUUACACCGAAAAAACAUGAAGCUUGCGUUAAAUUCGCCGAGGAACGUGGUUUGCCUUUGUUAAAACAUCACCUGACACCACGUACAAAGGGUUUUACAACCAGUUUACCCACCAUGCGCGGUCGUUGUGCUGCCAUUUAUGAUACAAAUUUGGCAUUUAGAAAGGAUGCUAAGAACGAUCCAACUAUCUCUACACUACUAAAUGGUUAUUCAGUUGAGGGUCAUUUAUUUGCACGUCGCAUUCCACUCGAAAUGGUGCCGGAGGGCGAAAAGGAGGCUGCUGAGUGGUUACAUAAUUUGUAUAAGGAGAAGGAUAGUUUUAUCGAUAGCUUCCAUAGAACAGGCAAUUUCUUUGAGGCUUCUGGUCAGAAGCCAGUGCCAGUCAAAGUUUUUCCAUAUCGUCCAUGUAGUUUAAUCAACUUUGCACUCUGGGCAGUAUUUUCAGUAACGGUUGUACUCUAUUAUUUGAUAUCAUCAUUACUGGCACAAAACUGGAUUGGCUUUUCGAUUGCUGUGGGUGUAUUGGUAACCUUUUAUAUUCUCAUGGUUAAAUCAAUCAACAUGUCGAAAAUCAGCAAAGCUUCAUCGUAUGGCUCUGAAACGAAAACGGAUUCGAAGUCAAAGUAAUUCAACUAUGUUUGCAUACAUAAAUAUGUUACGCAUAUGCACAUACAUAUAUACAUAUUUAUAUGUAAAUUUUGCCAGCGACCAGCAAUUACAAGUUUUAUAAACAUGUGAAAGUAUGUAUGUAUAUAGCCAUAAACUUAUUUCCCAUUAACUGAUGCAUUGCGUUUUUAAUGAUUAAAACGCGGACAAAGUUCAAACGAUUUUUUUUCUUUUUGAACCGUAUGCCCUUAUUACCUACACUAUGUAUAAAUGUACUUACAUAUAAGUGUAUAUACAUUUGUAUGUAUAUUAGGUAAAAUCAUAUAAAUGCAUAUGCAUAUGUGGAGCAAUGCUAAAAUGGCAAGAAAACUAAAUUUUCAGCCUAUAUUCCGGCAUAGUGCUCAGUUGUUUUAGAUCAGUACUUUUUUCCAAGACGUUAUUUAGGAAAUAACAUCAAAAAUAUGUUCGAAAACGGUAAACUAAUAUAGAGUUCAAGUGAUCGAGAUCUCACGUGUUUCAGUGGUUAUCAUACCAGCUAUUAAAAGGUGACGCCUGCUUAUGCGCAAUUGUUAAAAAUCCUAUAAAUAAUCGUAAUUGGCAAUUUUCAGAUUUGUGUAAUGGUUGCAAUUGUUAUAAAGAGAGAAAUUUUUAAAAUCGACAGACACUCACAUACAUUUAUAAAUGAUAUUUUUAAACUUAACUUGUGCAUUAUUCGCAGUUUGUAAAUGUAUAUUUAUGUAUGUAUCACAAUAUUUACAUACAUAUACGAUAUAAAAAAGCAAAAAUCAGCAAUGAGAUUUGUUUUAAGAUUACUAAAGCAGUGUGCGAAGGAAGGCUUAACAGCCAAGGUCUGAUUGUAAUCAAGACGAUGUGUAAUACGUAUAUUUUAUAUGUAUUACGAGUAUACUCAAUUAAAGUAAAUAUUAUUUACUCAAUUAAAAAAGAGAAGAAAAAUAAAUUAUAAUUAUUACAUUCAUUUAAACAUAUACAUAUGUAGGUGUACAGACGUGUGCAUGUCACCUUAUAGUUUGAAAUAUUUUGUGCCAAUUUUGUGUAAUUUUUGCUAUUAAAAGUCAUAAAUUAUGACUAAAAAAAUUAACGAAUUUUUUUUUUCAGAGAAACUGUGCACAAUUUGAGUGAAAAAGUGCUUAAUAAAAAUUAAAGUUUUAGUUUAUAGUUUAUUUAAAGCAAGUUGCUAUAACCAGUUAAAAUUUUGAAAUAAAAAAGUGCACAGCAUAAAAGCAAGUAGUUAAAUUAAGUCAGACUUGUAUAGAAUCUUCCAAAAACAAAAAAAUGUUUCAAAGAGGUUAAGUCUUUUUUUUUUUUAAUUUACAUUAUUAGCCUUAUUUUU